AGUGAUUAGUAUCUUUCAGCUGUCAUGGCUGAAAAAGGAAAUGUUUUGGGGCUUCCACUGCUGUUCUUAUUGAUAGCUGUGGCACUCUUGCAUUUAUUUAUUUGCCCGUUUACGAAAGUUGAAGAGAGCUUUAAUUUACAAGCGGCGCAUGAUAUUCUAUAUCACAGACUGAACUUUGACAAGUAUGACCAUCAUGAGUUCCCUGGAGUGGUACCACGAACUUUCCUUGGCCCCGUUUUUCUCUCACUGAUCUCCUCACCUGCUGUGUUCCUGUCCUCCUUGCUGGAUGCACCAAAAUUCUUCACUCAGCUCACAAUCCGAGCUUCACUGGGGGUGUGUGUUGUCGGUGCACUAUGGCACAUGCAGAGCGAGGUCAGGAGGCAGUUUGGCUCCACAGUUGCAGGACUCUUCUGUCUGAUGUGUGCUUCUCAGUUUCACCUCAUGUUCUACAGCACCAGAACUCUACCUAAUGUAUUUGCACUACCAAUCGUUCUGGUAGCUUUCACAUCUUGGAUGGCUCAAAAACACGGCCACUUUGUAAGCAUGUCUGCUUUAGCCAUCAUCGUGUUUCGGUCCGAGCUCAGCAUCUUCAUGGGGCUUAUGUUACUGAUAUCACUGUUGAGCAGGAGGCUGGGACUGCUGCAGCUGCUUUAUUAUGCUAUCCCUGCUGGGAUCUUGUCACUGGCUCUGACAGUGGCCGUUGACUCUUUAUUUUGGAGGAAGCUUUUGUGGCCUGAAGGUCAGGUUCUGUGGUACAACACUAUUCUCAACAAAAGUUCCAACUGGGGAACCUCUCCCUUUCUUUGGUACUUUUACUCCGCUCUGCCUCGGGCUUUGGGCUGCACGCUGCUCUUCAUCCCGCUCGGAUUAAUUGACAGGCGAAUGAGGAUGCUGCUUCUUCCCACUGUGGGCUUCAUCCUCAUCUACUCACUGCUGCCCCACAAGGAGAUGCGCUUCAUCAUUUACACUUUCCCUGUGCUCAGCUUGGUGGCUGCUAGAGGCUGUUCUUUUAUUUUGUGUAACUACCAGAAAUCCUGGAUGUAUAAACUGGGCUCUGCAGUAGUGGUGGGCCAGCUGUUGACUAAUGCGGCGUACACAAGUAUUUGUCUCUAUGUUUCCCAUCACAACUACCCAGGGGGAAGAGGAAUGCUGCAACUUCACAGGCUGGUACCAGUCACAGCAGAUGUCUUUGUUCAUAUUGACACCUAUGCAGCUGAAACAGGAGUCUCUCGUUUCUUGGAGCAGAACACAAACUGGAGGUAUGACAAACGAGAGGACCUAAGUCUCACAGAUCCUGAGUUCAAAAUGUACUCUCACUUACUGAUGGAGGCUAACGUCACAAAGAUGCAACUACUCCAGGACACUCAUCAGCCUCUGGCCUUCGUUGAAGGUUACAGCAACAUUGCCUUCAACUUGUUUCACUUCCCUCCCAUCAGUGUGCGGUUGGAGAGAAAAACUGUGCUGAUGGAGAGAAAAACUGCAUCUGGACAAAUGAAAGAGUGACCCAAUGGAGAAAAAUUUGGGAGUGAUGAUGCAAAUGUUUUGGGGUGACCAAAUAGCACAAGACCAAAGGUGAACAUGGAUGUCAAUGGGAGGGAUUGGAGUGCCGAGGUUUGCUUUUUUUCUGGUAACAAAUUUAAGGACAUUCAAAUCAACCGUUACAUUCCACCACAGAUUAAAUGUUGUAGUAUUUAAAAAGUUAAUAAAUAUUUUACACUCUUCA